AUGUGCCAGGAAAUGCGCUCCCCACGAGCCGCGUCUGCGGCCCCACGGGCGCCCCCUACCCAGGAGGGCGGAUGUUUCCCGGGGCUUCGGGGACGGAGACGCGGCAGCCGUUGCACUUGGGGCACCGAAGGCCGGUGUCUGAACAGAGCCCUCGGGAGCCCGGGACGGCGGGGCGCCGGCGGCGGCCCGGGAAGGCAGUUCUGGCUUAAAUGCAGCCUCUCCCACCAACCGUGUUCGGGGUGUGGGGGGGCCCCGACCUCCGGCGCUCGCUUCGCUCCAGUUCCCGAAAGCAGAGCGCGCCUUCUGGCCUCCCCAGGUCACGCUCAGUGGCCCUUCGCGGACGCCGCGGCGGAGCUGGGUGGAGCGCGGCGCGGGUGGACCCACGGCUCAGGCCGGGCAAGGGUCGGCCUCUCCCACCUCUCGCGGUCGGCCGGCCGGCCGGCCGCGACCCCCCGUCUCCGUGGCAACCGGGAGCGUGGCCUGACGCAGCCGAGGGCCGUUCCCGCGGGACUUGGCCGGGUCCGCCUCUCACCCGGCCAGUUGCUCUUCCUCCAGAGUUCCGCGACGCCAGUCCCAGACCCCUUGCGCAGUUGGAUCGCUUCGUCCCGGGGGUCCUCGACUUCCCCAAAACCACAAGUGGCCCCCUCUUUCCCGACACUUCCAGGUCAGUGUAAGUGACAGUUCGCUGUACUGAAAACAAGAUUUAAUGAGAGUCUCCAUCCCCAAAGUAAAGCUUAAGCCAACAGUUGUGGGAAGAACAAUAUUGGAUUUUGGAUUCUAUAGCUCAGAGAACCACCAAGGUCCUCAUCUUUAGUUACUAGCUGUCUGACGUUGGGUACUGCCUGAUCCCUGAGUCUUCUGUCUGGAGUUCCUCCUUGCAGAUACCUUCUUUGGAGCCAUUUGCAGGCAGUUUCCAGGCUUCAAAACUGGCCCAUCCUAUCAGAACCCUUCUGCUCAGAGUUCCUUUCCCGCAAAGUAGUCUGCUUUCUCAGAUGUUAAUAGAUUCUGAUAGCUUAGGAUAUCAUCCUUUAAGACGCAUCCAUUAAAUGCAUGUGCCCUUUAAUAAAAUGCCUUAGCUGAGA